AUCUGCCUGAAAAUGAAGUUCGCUGUUAGCAUCUGCGUCCUGGCCAUCCUCUCCGUGACCUCACUGGUCCAGGGAGCCGCCACCUCGGUGUCCAGCUUGAUGUGCACCGGAGCAGGUCUCUACCCGGAUCCGUACGAUUGCAACGCGUACCACGUCUGUUCGGCCAAGAAGCGCGCCUCGGAACCGCGUCGUUGCCCGGCCGGGUACGGAUUCCAGUACACCUCGGCCAGCUCGACCGACGCCCCGUGCAAACAGCUGACCUCGGGCUCGGAGUGCCUUACGAUUCAGUGCGACCCACAGCGGACCUUCCAGCCGUACGAUCCGGCCAACCAGUUCUACGCCAGCUGCAUCGGAAGCACGAUCUACGUGUACCGUUGUGCCGACGGUGCUUCGUUCAACGGUUAUGGCUGCUACUUCGAGUGCCCCGGCGAGGGAGUUUACCAGAACUCGGCGGAACCUACCACGUACUAUCUGUGCGGAGCGGAUCUGUCCUACCACACGAUGUACUGUCCGAAGAAUGCUGUGAUGCCGGGGGAUAUGGAAUUGUGUGCUAUAAAUUUUUGA